AUGAGUACGAUUAACUCAACAUUGCUGACCAAUGUCACGCCAGUAAUCAGUGCCGUCCAACCGAAAUGGACGCCCUUCCUCACCGGCCAAGCCGUGGUCCUCGGUCUCUCGCUCUUCUCCAACAUCCUGGUCCUCAUCGAGUUCCUCCGCAUCCCCUCCCGCAUCACCCCCUUCACCGUCUAUUUAAUCGUGCUCCUCCUCAGCAACCUGUUAUUUCUCAGCGUCGUCCCCUUAACGGAACUAUCCAAUCAGCUCUACGGCCGUUGGUGGAUGGGGCGGGCCGUGUGCUACCUCCACAACUACUUCAACGGUGUCGGUUCCGGCUCACAGAUCUGCAUCCACGUCUCCAUCUCCAUCAACCGCUUGUGGGCGGUGCAUUACCCGAUUUCCUAUAAAAACAACCAUAACAAAAAAGUUGCGUUGCUGACGUGCUUAUCCGCGGUAAUUUUCGCCCACGUCAUCGGACUCCCGGGCUGCAUCAUGGAUAUCAUGUACUACGGUAUUGACUUAAAGUACGGAUGCCAUAUUAAUUAUUUGGCGCAGGUGUUGUGGGGGAAAUUCGAAAACGCGUUACUGCAUAUUCUGCCGUUGGUGCUGAUUAUCGGAGCGUACGUGCAUUUAUGUAUUAAUCGUGUUCGCCGACGAAGAAAGAUCCGGGAGAGCGGCAGCGGAAAGGUCAGUGCCGGGACGUCUACGGAAGAUGGGGGAAAGCGGAAGGAAGCGGUUCGGCCGUUUUUGGUGUUGUCGUUGACCGCGGUCAGUGUGACGGUGUGCUGGACGCCGGCCGUGGUGUACUUUGCCGUGAUCAAGUUUGCCGGCUUGUGGAUGCCGGAGUGGUUCUUUAUCCUGUCGGUCAUGUUCUACUCCAUGCAAGCGCUAUUUGAUCCGUGGUUGUUUGCCGUGGCAUUGUUAGCCACCAAUCGGAAAUGGUGUAGUUAG